AUGAGUGAAAACUAUUCGUUGACUUCGCAAAAUAGCGACAAGUCUUCCACGUCGAAAAUGGUGGAUGAUGAUGAAAGCAUCAUUGAGAAAAUUGAUUACUAUGCAAACAAGGUUAACGUAUUUUUCGCCAUGCAACCAGCUAUUGAAACAUUGAGUAAACUAGUUACCGAAAGGAAGAAUGUCAUUAAAAUGAUUCAAGAAGCGGAAACAAAAAGAAAAGAACAACAAGCAAUUGAACAAUCUAUUCAACAACAGCUACAAGUAACAAAACCUUCUUUGGAAAUUGCUUCGGAUCCGAUGGAUACCUUUGACAUUGGUGGAUGGGAUGAUGUAUUCGAAUGCACCACUUCUCAAAAUAAGGAUUUCAAUCAUCACAAGCCGUCAGUUGUUGAGGUUGAUCACGACACCACGAUGAUGACAAAUCAUUCAACAACAACUUCAAUAACCAAUCCAAAUAACACAACGAAGAAACCAACGGUGACGAUCAAGAAGAAAACUAAUACAAAUCAUUCUGCUAAAACAAAUACAUCCUCAUCUUCUACAUCGUCGCCAGUGCAACCACCAUCACCAUCAAUGUCUGCAUCAUCAUCAUCAGAUAGUGAUCAUAUGUCUUCAGUUAAGCAAGGAAAGCGUAAAAAACUGCGUACCACCAAAUCUAAGUCUGCCUCAGAACACUCUAAGGAAGGUUCGAAAAACGUAGAUCCACUUUUUGAAAACAUGCCUUCUUCAGACGACGACGAAGAAGUACCUACUCAAAAUGCUAGUAUGGAGCUAGAUGCCAUACCCGAACAGAGCACAAAUGCAAUAUUAGAAAGUGCAUUUAAACACGUCAGAGGAAAGUUUGUAAAGCCACCCCAUUAUUUUUAUUAUCCAUCCGAAGAUAAGAAUGAACAGAGAAAACAAAUUUUGUACCCAUCCACACUUGUUAAAAAUUCUUCCAUUCAAAAUGUUGAAACAGCCUACAGACAAACAGAUAACUUGUGUUACCAAGGUAUUCCCUUUUUACCUGCACAGAGUCUAUAUUGUCCAAAGAAGGCGUCACCUGAUAAUUCCACUUCCUCUUCAAAUAUACUUUUAGAUAGCGAUAGUGAAUUGUGUGUACUUCAAAUUGCACGAAUAGAUGCCACAAUUCCUGAAUUUAGAAUUCAAAGAUAUCUUAGAUACGUGGUUAAAGAUGACAUUGAAGAAUUUGAAAAUGAAUAUCAAUUUCAUUUGACUUUACGUCGAAAUAAUGAAGGAGAAGACAUUCCCUUCUCAUCAUACUACAAGCCAUACCUUAAACGAAAGAAAUGUGAUAAAUUAUUAGAAAUGAGUAGCAAAGAGCUAAAGGAUUUGGGGUUACUUCAUGGUGAUUUGAUUCAUUGUCCUUUCACUCCAGCAGAAGUGAAGGUGAUCAAGUACUUGAAGACCAAGAAGUGGUCAAGCAAAAAAAUUUCCAUACUUUUGGAAAAUAGGUGUACCAAUGACGUGAAAAAUUAUCUCGAAGAUAUGGAAUCCAAUGAAGGCCAGCAUGGAGAAGCCCUCACGUAUUACGAAAAUCCAAUGCCAAUUGUUGCUGAAAAGACCAUAUCUGAAUUAAUGGCUUCAAGAGGCAAACAAGUUGGUAAUAUAUCGUUGAAUAAUCUUGAGAAAUUAUCCAAAAUGGAUCGAACCUUUCCAAGUCAUACUCUAUUUACUUUGAAUUUUCAUUAUCGCCAAGCAUGGUUAAACGCUGAGGUCACUAGGAGCCAUUCUCCUCCAUUUUCUGGCCCCAUAGUAGAAAUUGCUUUUAGCAAAACAGGAGAGAAGGUUGCUGCUGUAUCCACUAAUGGAGAGCCAAAUGCUUAUAUGUUUGAUCUCAAACAUGGAAAAAGGUAUCCACUCUCAGGACAUUUGGAUACAGUCACAGAUGUCAAGUUCACCUCAGAUAACUCAAUUGUGACAUCUUCUUUCGAUAAGGCCAUUCGAGUGUUUAAUGCAUCUGACGGAAGGCUCGAAAGGAUCAUUAAAAAGACAGAGACCACAGAUGGCCACGAAGACGAAGUGAGUUUACUAGCUAUUCAUCCUGAAGAGGAACAUCUUGUAGCAUCAUGCUCUGAAAAAGAGAAAUCAUUACGGAUAUGGGAUAUUCGUAAUGGAAACAUGGUUGCUGAUUUGAUGAGUAGAGAAAAAGAAAGGAAUGAAAUUUCUGGAAUUGAAUUCUCAAAGGAUAAUACAUUAUAUGCCAUGAGUAUACAUUCGUUGAAUGAUAAGAAAUGUGGAGACUUGCUCACCUAUGACUUGGUUACUUUCCAAAAUAUUACAAAAUUAGUACAAGGAACAAUGGAAAUGAAACAUUUGCACUUUCUCAUUGCGGUGAUAAGACAUAAUUUAGAGUUUAUUCACAAACAAGGUGCUACAAGAUGUGCAUGGUCUCAUCAGCGUGGUACAUGGCUUCUUGCAACGUGUGGAGAUAAUUAUGCUACUCAUUUGUAUUCAAUUUCAAGUGGAGACCCUCUCUUAAGAUCUUUUGAAGAAAAGAAGAAUCCCCUUGCUGUGGUAGCCAUGUCACCUGACGAUCAAACCAUUUGUUCGGGUGACGAUGGUGGAAUUGUUUACAUGUUCUCAACGAAUCAGUAUGAUAUUUCUCGACAGUAA